UAUCUGGAAUAGUGCCCAAACCCCAAAAUGCAAGAAUUAUUUCAGUUAAUCUUCGUAGCAUUUUACGGUGGGAUGCACCUAGGUUUCACAAAGGGAAUAUAAGUUACACUGUCCAAUUUAAGAGUGUUCAUAUACCUGGAAAUACAUAUACAAAUGUGAGCACGAACUUGAGAGUCACCGAGUGCGAUGUCUCUUCUCUGUCUGUGUAUGGAGACUACAUUUUACAGGUCAGAGCAGAGUCAGAAAAUAACUAUUCAAAGUGGGCGACCGUCAGAUUUCAGCCCAUGGAUGACACAGUCGUUGGGCCACCUGAUGUCAAAGUGAAGUCAGAGUCUGGGUCCCUGCAUGUGGAUUUCACAGGCCCUUUCGCUGAGCAUCAGGACAAGUGGCCUCUAAAGCACUAUUAUGGCUCGUGGAAUUACAGAAUACUGUACUGGAAGAAAGGCAGCAAUACAGACAGAACUUCUGCUUCCAGGGUAACUCACGUAGAUACUAAACAUAACUCUGAAAUAUUAUCUCAGUUGGAGCCAUGGACAAUAUAUUGUAUUCAAGUGCAAGCAGUUAUCCCCGAAUGGAACAAAACUGGGGAACUGAGCGGAGAGCUUUGUGAGCAGACAACCCACAACGGUGUAACUCCAGUGUGGAUAAUUGUGACUGUUCUUACAGGAUCAAUGUUGGUCGUUGUAAUAUCUGUUCCUGUUUGUUUCUUUUCCUUUUUGUAUCUAUACCGACUCACCAAACAUGUUUUCUGCCCUUCAUAUAUUUUCCCACAACACUUGAAAGAGUUUUUGAGCAAGCCUCCCAGUGGUGAGCAGUAUUUUUCUCCACUCCCACAAGAGCAUCUUUUUUAUGACAAGCUGACUGUCAUUUCAGAAGAAUCCAAAAAUCACAGUGAUGAGACUGAGGAUGAGGCCAGCAAAACAACAGAGCACCUUCAGGACUCGGAACGAGAAGAUUCUGAUUCAAAAAUAGUACCAGCUUCAGAAAAGGCCUAA